AUGCCGUUCCCCUUCGGGAAGUCUCAGAAGAACCCUGCGGAGAUUGUGAAGAGUCUGAAGGAGAACGUAGCUUACUUGGAAAAGCUGGAUGCGGCAGAAAGCAAAAAAUGUGAAAAGGUUGCAGAGGAGGUGUCUAAGAACCUAUCAUCUCUGAAAGAGGUGCUGUGUGGUUCAGGGGACAAGGAGCCCCAAACYGAGGCUGUGGCCCAACUGGCCCAGGAGCUGUACAACACCAACCUCCUCAUUGCUCUCAUCGCAAACCUGCAGAGGAUUGAUUUUGAGGGAAAGAAGGAUGUGGUGCAUCUGUUCAGCAACAUUGUGCGGCGCCAGAUUGGCACCCGUACGCCCACGGUUGAGUAUAUCUCCUCACACCCACAGAUCCUCUUCAUGCUGCUGAAAGGGUACGAGAGUGCGGAGGUGGCUCUGAACUGUGGGGUGAUGUUAAGGGAGAGCCUGCGUCAUGAGCCCCUGGCCCGCACAAUUCUCUUCUCGGAGGACUUCUACUGCUUCUUCCGCUAUGUAGAGUUCUCCACCUUCGACAUCGCCUCAGACGCUUUCGCUUCGUUCAAGGAUCUUCUCACGAGACACAAGAUUAUGUGCGCAGAUUUUCUGGAGACCAAUUAUGACCAGGUGUUUACAGAAUAUGAGAAGCUACUGCAUUCCGAGAAUUAUGUCACCAAACGGCAGUCCCUAAAGCUCCUGGGAGAGCUUCUUCUGGACAGACACAACUUCACUGUGAUGACCAAGUACAUCAGCCGGGCUGAGAACUUGAAGCUGAUGAUGAACAUGCUGAGAGACAACAGCCGCAACAUCCAGUUUGAGGCCUUCCAUGUCUUCAAGGUGUUUGUGGCCAACCCCAACAAGACCCAGCCGGUGCUGGACAUCCUGCUGAAGAAUCAGGCCAAGCUGGUGGACUUCCUGAGCCGCUUCCAGAGAGACCGCUCCGAGGACGAGCAGUUCUGCGAUGAGAAGAUUUACCUGAUCAAGCAGAUUCGCGACCUGAAGAGGCCCACAGCACCAGAGGAGGCAUGAGGGAGAACAGCCAAGGGGACAGCAACCAGAGGAGGAAUGAGGGGACAGGCAGGGAGACAGCACCAGAGGAGGGAAUGAGGGGACAGGCAGGGAGACAGCACCAGAGGAGGAAUGAAGGGACAGGCAGGGAGACAGCACCAGAGGAGGCAUGAGGGAGACAGCACAGAGGAGGCAUGAGGGAGACAGCACCAGAGGAGGCAUGAGGGAGACAGCCAGAGGAGGCAUGAGGGAGACAGCACCAGAGGAGGCAUGAGGGAGACAGCACCAGAGGAGGCAUGAGGGAGACAGCACCAGAGGAAGGCAUGAGGGGACAGCACCAGAGGAGGCAUGAGGGAGACAGCACCAGAGGAGGCAUGAGGGAGACAGCACCAGAGGAGGCAAUGAGGGAAGACAGCACCAGAGGAGGCAUGAGGG